GCGAAAACGAGUCUGGGAAACCCUGAGCUCAAACUUCACACAGGUCAACAUUAUCACGGGGCAAGUUUAUCUCCGCAUUGAACCUACUUUUUGACCUUCGGGUCCACUUGUAACUGUCUCGCUUGCGACAAGGUCUAGUCCUUUUCUGGGUUUAGAAUAAAAAACGGUUAGAAAUGACAGAUUGUCGUAAAGUAUUUUUUGGUCAACUUAGCCAGAGCAGUGCGGUAGUCGAAGUCCGUACAGAGCCUUGCAUGGCAAGCCGACCAGGGGUGGAGAGCGACGAUGACAUCGUUAUUUUGGCUGCCCGAAGAACCCCGAUCGGGAAGGCUAAGCGUGGAAUGUUAAAGGACACAAGACCAGAAGACAUGUUAUCUACAGUGUUCAAGGCUUUGUUAGAAGAAACAAAACUGGACCCCAGGGCUAUUGGAGACAUUUGUGUGGGAAAUGUCCUUUUGCCAGGGGCGGGAGCUCUACAGGCCAGAUUUGGUCAGUUCUUCAGGUACGUUCUUGAAUGUAAAUAUAUUUUCUUGCAGAGGUUGCGCAUGAGUCACUUGUGGCUUCGAUUGCGUGGUUGUACGCAGUAGCAGAUGCUGACAUAC